CAUAGUUUGCCAUAUAUGGCUCUGUAUGCAUGUAUACAUUAAUUCAUGUGAAAGUUGGUGAAACAGUUUCUUUUGUCGUUGUAGCAUAGAAAUACAUUGCAUUUCUCACAAAAGGUGUAUGAGCGGAAAGAGCAAUCAUUUUUGCAGAGUUGCCUUUGCUUUUUCCAGGUGGGAAAAUGGCCAAUAUGGUCCUCCCGAACAGAAUUCAAUGGAAUUUCCUGGUGCUUUCGUCUUUUGCUGAUAGUAGGAGUACCUUCCCUACUUGUACACGGGGAUGAAGUUGGAGUCAUCGCAGGUCGUCCGCGCUUCUUUACUUUUCCUGCCUUGCACAGGUGCUCAGCUAUAAAAAGCUUGAAAUCGAAGAGUGGCAUAUAUUGAUCUGACUUACGACGCCAUAGAAUCCAUGAAUUCACUACGCACAUAUUCUUGAGCGCAAUUGAAUUCUAUAAAGAAUCCACGCACAACCCACGAGACAAUGUCAAUGUCAUGCUGUUUGGGAUGGCCCGCCGUAGUUGUUCUCGUAGCCUUUUUGGCAGGAUGUCACUCCCUAUCGAGCCAAAGCCAAAGCGUUACUGGAAAACCAGCCCUCAUCCGGACAGAGCUUCGCUUUGGCCGCAACCUGGACCCUGCGAAGGUGCGGGUGGUGAACGUCAAGUCCAGUAAGGGCGAGGACGUGGAGAUCCUGGUCGGCAAGAACAGCCGCAAGGCCCGCGCCGAGGAGGCGGCUGGCUCCUUCUUUGUGCGCAGCACCGACGUCAAGAGGCCGGUGGUCCCGCGGACCGCGGGCAAGGUCUCUGGACGACAGCUGACCUUUGAGCACAGCCCAGCGUUGCUGAAGCAGAGCGCGCUGGCUCAGGAGCUGGGGGCCUAUCGGCAGCGCAAGGCGGAGGCGGAGCAGCGCCAGGCGAAGCUCAUCCAGCUGCAGCUGGCCAAGGCGCAGAGCAAGGCGGCGGAGCUCCAGGCGGUCCCAAUAGAGUCUCGUCGCGGCGGCCGCCAGCUCGCCGCGGACGUCUCCUGGCAGCCCUCUUACGCCCAGCUUCCGACGCAGCCCAUUCCGCGCAGGAACUUCUCGUCGGCAACGGACCGUCAGUGGCAGCCCCUCGGACUGGCCGACUCCGUGGAGGUCCUGCCGCGGGGGCAGCGCCUGGGGCCGCAGGGUUCCUCGGUCAGCUUUCCCAGGGAUAUGGAGCUCGCCGCCUCCGACGUGCAAGCGUAUUUCGUGGCUGACCGGGAUACUCGGGCCUACGCCGGAAGCGGAAGCACCCAGGGACACCGGCCCCAGAACCUCAUUACCAAGCACAACUACAACUACAACGUCCUGCCGCAGAAGUCCAAGUACGUGACCUACAUGCCGCACUCCGUCGUGGUGACCGCCAGUGCGGGAGUCGCCACGCCCUCGGCCACCCUCACCCGGCGGCCAGGACAGACGGGCAGCCCGCGCCCGCACCACAACCCCAUCGGGCAGAGCACCCACAGCGUGGUGGACGGACCCGCCGUGACGCUGAUUGAAGGCGUUCGGGUGCCGGACAGCGCCGAGGACAAGGUGAAGACCUGGCGCAACGCCCGCGUCCUGAACAACCAGUUGGUGCCAUACCCAGAGGGCUACACGCCGCCGCGGGCCCAGAUGCCCAGUUUCGACCGAUAGGACGACGAUCUGGGAUCACGACGAGGGUGUUGGGUGCUCAGCGGUUGUUGCUAUUUAUUGACCAGUCCAUUGUUAAGCUAUUUAUAAACGUUGAAUUAAAGUUGUCAAGGAACUC